AUGCCCGUCGCGCCCGUCAUUGCGCUCUCGCACGGGGGAGGCCCCCUCCCCAUCCUGGGCGACAAGAACCACGAGUCCAUCGUCUACUCCCUCAAGAACUGCGUGCCCAAGAUCCUCGGCCUGGGCACGCCGUCGGCCCCGCGGGCCAUUGUCCUCGUCACGGCGCACUGGUCCACGGCGGUGCCGACCGUCUCCUCCGCCGCCCGCCACGACCUGUACUACGACUACUCGGGCUUCCCGUCCGAGUCCUACGCCCUCAAGUACCCGGCGCCGGGCGACCCCCCCGUCGCCCGCGAGAUCAAGUCGCUCCUCGACGCCCACGGCCUGCGCGCCCGCCUGGACCCCAACCGCGGCUGGGACCACGGCGUCUUCAUCCCCAUGCUGCUCGUCAACCCGGCCGCCGACGUGCCCAUCGUCCAGGUCUCCGUCCUCGAGUCCGAGGACCCGGAGCACCACCUGCGCAUCGGCGCCGCCCUGGCCCGCCUGCGCCACCGCAACAUCGCCAUCAUCGGCUCGGGCUUCGCCUCGCUGCACAACUUCGCCGCCAUGCGCGGCCUGCGCUUCGCCGGCCGCGCCUUUGUGCGCGACUUCAAGGCCCUCUCCGACGAGUGGAACGCCGCCCUGACCGCCGCCGCCACCGCCGAGGCCACCGACGACCGCUGGGCCGCGCUCCGCGCCUGGCGCACCCUGCCGCACGCGAAUCAGAUGCACCCGCCGCGCGCGGGGGAGCACUUCAUGCCGCUGCUCGUGUGUGCCGGCGCCGCGGGGGACGGCGAGAAGGCCGGCGUGUACAAGGACGUCUACUCGGGCGUCGACAUCCUCACCUACUACUGGGGCGCGCCGCAGGUGGAUUGA